ACUAUCCUUUCGUUAAUUAGUAAUUAAGCGCCACCAUACCACAUGGCUCCUACGAGAAGCCUUCUGCUUGCUCUCGCAGUCUUCGGGGCUUUGGGCACCGUUGUUGUGUCAGCAUCUCGACUCCUACCCGUCGAGAUGUCGAUGGCUGAGCAGCACGAACGGUGGAUGGCGAAGCACGGGAAAGUGUAUGGUGAUGCGGCAGAGAAAGCGCGACGGUUUGAGAUAUUUAAAGCCAACAUGGAGCUCAUAGAGAGCUUCAAUGCUGGCAACCACAAGUUUCAGCUGGGAGCCAACCGCUUCGCUGAUUUAACGAAUCAGGAAUUCAGAACUUUCUACACCGGCUAUAAGAAGUCCAGCUCGAAUCGCGUCGAGCCUAAGAAUUUCAGGUACGAGAAUAUCACAGCCGCAAACAGCUUAGACUGGAGGACCAAAGGAGCCGUCACUCCCGUCAAGGACCAAGGCCAAUGCGGCGCCUGCUGGGCUUUCUCGUCUGUGGCGGCGACGGAGAGCAUCAACCAAAUAAAGAACGGUAAGUUGGUAUCGCUCUCGGAGCAGGAGCUGGUCGACUGUGAUGUGAACGGGGAAGAUGAAGGAUGCAGCGGCGGCCUCAUGGACGACGCAUUCAAGUUCAUAAUCGAGAACGGCGGCCUAACAACCGAAGCAAACUACCCUUACAAAUCCGCCGACGGCUCCUGCAACACCAAGAAGUCGUCCGCCAGCGCUGUUAAGAUCUCCGGCUUUGAGGAUGUGCCGGCCAACAACGAGGCCGCGCUGCUCAAGGCGGUGACCGCGCAGCCAGUGUCAGUCGCCAUCGACGGCGGUGACUUCAGGUUCCAGAUGUACAGUGGAGGACUGUUCACUGGGCCGUGUGGGACCGAACUUGACCACGGUGUUGCCGCCAUCGGGUACGGCACCGAUACCGACGGCACCAAGUACUGGCUGGUGAAGAACUCAUGGGGGACUAGCUGGGGGGAGAACGGGUAUAUGAGGAUCGAGAGGGACGUGUCUGCGGCUGAAGGAUUAUGUGGCUUAGCCAUGGAGCCUUCCUACCCUACUAUUUGAAGUGUGUUGACUUAGGGUCCGUUUAUGACGGCUUUCUUACUGCUUUUUAGAAUAAUUUUUUAAUAUAAAAAUUUUAAUUUUUUAUUUAAAAAUUAUUUUAAGAAGCAAUAAGAAAAUCGUCCCGAACGAAGGCUUAAUUUUACGUGUCACAAAGUAC